AUGCCCGAGCUGCCCUCCGACUCUUCCUCCGCUCCCCAAUACCAGCAGCAAUACCUAAACCCGACGACAUCCUUCAUCCACGACCCCCACCCAUCCAGCAGCAACAAGGAGAAUGCAGCUCCGCCAGACUACGAAACAAACCCCCAAGCUCCGCCGUCACUCAUCACACAGUCAUCAUCGUCAACCGAGCGCAUCCCAGACUCGUUACCUGCGUCGCAGACAGGCACCGCAACCGCAAGCCUCCCCGCACCUCUCCUCCUUAUCCUCCAAUCUAUCCAGUCAACCCUUCGAUCUCUAUUUGCGUCCAAACCACCACAUACUAUCCAGCGACUAGCAGAACUCAUACUCCGUCCUAAUGCACACUACCGAACGCUGCCGUCUUAUCUGCGGGCCCUUGACCGCGUUGUCUCGGUCACAAGCAGCGCGGACAUAUUCCCGUUCCCCAUGCAAAGCGGUGCUGCCGCAGCGCAGCCCAAUGGGACGCUGAAUGGCGCGGAGACCACCUUUAACUUCUCUGACAGCGCGCUGGGAAGUGACGAAGCACUGGGCGGUGCUCUUCUCACACCUAUACCUUGGCUGAAUAAUGCUUCUUCGCCGGGGCCUGAAGGCGCGGGUAUCGAUGAAGUAUCAAUAGUAACAUCAGCCUCACCUCUCCAUAACCAACUCCUCACGCAACCCGCCGACCCACUCACACAACAGGGCGUCGAUGCCGGGGACAGCAUGCUCGAAACCGAAAUGCCAGCUGAACCCACCGACGAAGUCCCCCACGCUCGAGGUCCAUCUCUCCUCGGCGUCGAGGACAUGGGUCUACAAGACGGCAAGGGCGUCGAAAUGACACUUCUCAACAAAGACGCAGAGACAAGCGCUCCCUCUGUUGAGGAAACUACCACCCAAGAGUCCGCCCAGGAUUCAUCCUCCGGUACCGAGGCUACGGACUCGGCAGACCAGAACGCGAAAGACGCAGCUACAAUCGCGGCUACCGUCACAGAUAGCGAUGGAGAUAUCACCCUGUCCGACGAGCCUACUAUACCGCAGGGAGAUCAGGACGAGAAGAACUAA